AUGGACGGAACCAUGGAACCUUACUUUUCACCUUCACUUCACAUCUCAAACUGUGUCACCAUAAAGCUCACUGAGCAAAACUAUAUCAUUUGGAAGUCCCAGUUUGAAUCUUUCCUGCGCACUCAAGCUCUCCUUGGCUUCGUUAAUGGAGCUGCCAAACCUCCUGAUGAAACCAUCCCCAUCCGCAACAACAAAGAUGGCAGAGUCGAAGACAUCCUCAAUCCAGAUUUUGAGAGUUGGUCCAGAUCUGACCAAGUUGUUAAGGCAUGGCUGCUUGGUUCGAUGUCUGAGAACGUCCUGCGACUAGUGGUAGGAGCUUCGACAGCUCAAGAGGUAUGGGAAACUCUGAUCUCUCACUUUAAUCGCACGUCGUCUUCUAGGCUUUUUGAGUUACAAAGACGUCUGCAGAAUGCUGAAAAACUUGACAAAAGCAUGUCUGACUAUCUUAGAGGAAUUAAAGACAUAUGCGAUCAGUUAGACUCCAUAGGGGAUCCUGUUAGUGAGAAAAUGAAGAUAUUUGCAGCAUUAAGAGGUUUAGGUCGUGAAUACGAACCUAUUAUUACGGUUAUUGAAGAUUCCUUGGAUCGACGUCCUGAACCUACUUAUGAGAAUGUAGUCUCUCGUCUCACUGGUUAUGAGGAUAGACUCCAGGGAUACUCUGUUUCAACCGAUGUCUCUCCACACCUUGCCUUCAACACUACAAGGUCAUCAAGUUAUCAACACAGGGGACGUGGUAAUAGAGGCAGAGGACGAGGAAGCUACUCAACCAGAGGACAAGGCUUUCAUCAAUAA